CCACAACAAGGACUCCCUUAGAGUAUUUUUUAUAGUUUGCAUUUGGCAGGGUGGGGACAGGAGUGGGGCAAAAGAGAGUUAUAACCAAUUUGGAAAACAUACACAACUGUUUUGACAGGCAGUUAUAAUGAAGGUAUAGUGUUGUAAUGAAUAGUCUGUUGGCAGAAUCAAGGGAAAACUUAUAGGACAAAAUGUGGUUAAAGUUAAUGAAUUACCCCCAGAGGCCUCCAGGACAGAAAAACAGAAAUGGGAGAUUUUAAGUCAGUAACAACAAACUUCCCCCAAAAACCCUGAUGUGAGAAAUGAAGGUAGCCACAUCUGACUUGAGAAUCUUCAGAGGAGGUGAACUUUGAAAUCUGUAAAUAAUCAAUAUGUAUGUUGUUGAGAAUUCACUUUGUGAUCUUAUAAUGAAGUAGCUAAUUUUAUUUUAAAUGUCAACAAAAACUGAUGGCAUAUUUUCCUUCUCCAAACUGUUUGCCAUGUUUAAAAAAGGAAAUAUAAAUACUUCUCAGUUCCUGAGUUGGGGAAUUUUUAAAUACAGAAUAGUAAAGUAGGAGUUCCCUCAUGGUGCAGCGGAGGUUGCUGUUUUGUGCAGAUUUGAUCCCUGGCUUGAAAAAAAAAGUUAAUAAUAAUUAUAAUUUAGCAUCUGUAUGUACUAAUUUUUGGCACACAUUUUAUAUGUGGUAUCUUAUUUAUCAGUCUCAAAACCCUGUAAGAUACAGUUUACUCCUGUUUUAUAAGUGAAAGAAACUAGGUCAUAGAGACUAAGUUAUUUCUUACAUUCUACAUAUUGGGUGAGCCAAUAUUUGAAUCCAGGUCUUUUGACUCUAUGCUGAUUAUCUUUCAAUGAUGCCAGGGAAUUAAUGAGGAUUUUGAAAAUGUAAUUUGCUUGAAUUUGAUCAGUUAUUAAAGAUGCAAUCUGUGUCUUAGGAAAGGUAGUAAAAUAACCUUUGGUCUAUAACACUGUCAAAAAUAAAAGCAGUAAGUAAAUUUCUCCAUAAAUUUUAGAGGCUGAUCUGAAUAUUCGAACCUGCUGAUAAUUUCAUUAUAUUCAGAUCCUUAUAUGCUCCCAAGAAUGGUGUAUAAAAUCUCUUGUAUUUUGUUUACUCUGAGUUAACUGUAGUGUUAGCAUGUCUGCAUUUGCAGCUUUGCAUGUAUUUGAAUCAGUUCUACAAGAUGGUCUGCUGCCCACAUUUCCUUGAGAUGCUGUUUGGCCUUGGAUGAUCCUAAUUUGUAAUGAGUUCUGGGGCCAGUAUCUGAAUUUAAACCUGUUGAGGCACAUCUUUAACACCAUACCAGAGGCGCCCUCCAUGCUGGCUGGGGUGGUACUAUAACUAGAAAAAUAUUCAAGUUAACUGGAAUCAGUCUGGAAUUAAUUCUCUCUAGGGCUAAGAUGCUCAUGAAAUAUUUUGUGGUAAAUUUCUAGUUAUUAGCAUACUCCGAUAACUGGGAAAUCCUUAAUAUUUAUUAUUCCUGUGUAAUUAAUGUUAGUUUAGUAUUGAUUGUAGUUCAACUUUGUUUUUACUGAGUGUCAGGGAAAAUUAAAUGUGAUUAUAAAUUUUGGCAUUGCUGUCAAGCUAUCCUUUAGCAGUAGUAAUUGACACUAGUUCCUAGAUAGAAACUAAAGCAAAACUGAUCUGUUACUGAGUGAAUGGAUUGACUCCUUUCAUAUAUGGAUUUAUAAAUGAAAUUUCCAGUCUAUCCUGGGAAAUUCUGCAGUUUAUUUAAAAGACUUACUUAAAAAAAAAAAAAAGACAGUUCAGCUAUUUGUAAGAAAACUCAAGUGUAAUAUUCAUGUAGAAAGAUCCUGCUUUUAUUAUGGCAACUGAUUUUUGUUUACUUAAGAGAACCUGUUACUAAAAUAGUAAUGAGGAAGGGUGUAAUAUAAGAAUAGUCAUACACCCCUUGCUCUGCAAGUAACCAGAGUGCUAUGUAUGCAUGUUGUUAAGUGUCCUUUUAGAAGGUAGAAAUAAAGGCCUUUGUGUUGUUUUCUCUGUUACACAGCCUAAAAUGAGGAAUGUAUGAUUUCGGUGGGAUAAAUGGCGUCCAAAGUCACAGAUGCUAUAGUCUGGUAUCAAAAGAAGAUCGGAGCAUAUGAUCAACAAAUUUGGGAAAAAUCUGUUGAACAAAGAGAAAUCAAGCUCUUUUCCCCUUUCACUUGUCACCUUAUACUUCUAGUUUGCUUUUCCUCCCUUUUGAUGCUGUCAUUGCUCUGUACAGUUUAUUAAACUGGGGUUAAGGAAUAAACCAAAGAAAACAGCACAUGUGAAACCAGACCUCAUAGAUGUUGAUCUUGUAAGAGGGUCUGCAUUUGCUAAGGCAAAGCCUGAAAGUCCUUGGACUUCUCUGACUAGAAAGGGAAUUGUUCGAGUUGUAUUUUUUCCCUUUUUCUUCCGGUGGUGGUUACAAGUAACAUCAAAAGUCAUCUUUUUUUGGCUUCUUGUCCUUUAUCUUCUUCAAGUUGCCGCAAUAGUAUUAUUCUGUUCCGCUUCUAGCCCACAUAGCAUACCUCUGACGGAAGUGAUUGGGCCAAUAUGGCUGAUGCUGCUCCUAGGGACUGUGCACUGCCAGAUUGUCUCAACAAGAACCCCCAAGCCUCCUCUAAGUACUGGGGGGAAAAGAAGAAGGAAACUAAGAAAAGCAGCCCAUUUGGAAGUACAUAGGGAAGGAGAUGGUUCUAGUACCACAGAUAACACACAGGAGGGAGCAGUUCAGAGCCAUGGUACAAGCACCUCUUAUGGCGUUGGCGCUGUCUUCAGAGAUCUCUGGCGUGCUGCUUUCUUUUUAUCAGGAUCAAAGAAAGCAAAAAAUUCAAUUGAUAAAUCAACUGAAACUGACAAUGGCUAUGUAUCCCUUGAUGGGAAAAAGACUGUUAAAAGCAGUGAAGAUGGAGUACAAAGCCAUGAACCCCAGUGUGAAAUUCUUCGACCAGAAGAAGCGACCUGGAACACAGGAACACUGAGGAACAUUCCUAGCAAAGAUACCCAAAGGACAAUGACAAAUGUCUCCGACGAAGUCUCCAGUGAAGAAGGUCCUGAAACAGGAUACCCAUUACGCCGUCAUGCAGAUAGGACUUCUGAGAGUAUUCUUCGGAAUAGAAAGUCACACCAUUAUAAAAAACAUUACCCUAAUGAGGAUGCCCCUAAAUCGGGUACUAGUUGCAGCUCUCGCUGUUCAAGUUCCAGACAGGAUUCUGAGAGCACAAGGCCAGAAUCUGAAACAGAAGACGUCUUAUGGGAAGACUUGUUACAUUGUGCAGAGUGCCGAUCAUCUUGUACCAGUGAGACAGAUGUGGAAAAUCCUCAAAUUAAUCCAUGUGUGAAAAAAGAAUAUAGAGAUGACCCUUUUCAUCAGAGUCAUUUGCCCUGGCUCCAUAGUUCCCACCCAGGAUUAGAGAAAAUAAGUGCUAUUGUAUGGGAAGGCAAUGACUGCAAGAAAGCCGACAUGUCUGUUCUUGAAAUCAGUGGGAUGAUAAUGAACAGAGUUAACAGCCAUAUACCAGGAAUAGGAUACCAGAUUUUUGGAAAUGCGAUCUCUCUAAUCCUGGGUUUAACUCCAUUUGUUUUCCGACUCUCCCAAGCUACAGACUUGGAUCAACUCACAGCACAUUCUGCUUCAGAGCUUUACAUGAUUGCAUUUGGUUCUAAUGAAGAUGUCAUAGUUCUUUCUAUGGUUAUGAUAAGUUUUGUGGUUCGUGUGUCUCUAGUGUGGAUUUUCUUUUUUUUGCUCUGUGUAGCAGAAAGAACUUAUAAACAGCGAUUACUUUUUGCAAAACUCUUUGGACAUUUAACAUCGGCAAGGAGGGCUCGAAAAUCUGAGGUUCCCCAUUUCCGAUUGAAGAAAGUACAGAAUAUAAAAAUGUGGCUUUCUCUCCGGUCCUAUCUUAAGCGUCGAGGUCCUCAGCGAUCAGUAGAUGUCAUAGUUUCAUCUGCUUUCUUGUUGACUAUUUCAGUUGUAUUUAUCUGCUGUGCCCAGUUGCUUCAUGUACAUGAGAUCUUCCUUGAUUGUCACUACAAUUGGGAACUGGUAAUCUGGUGCAUCUCGUUAACACUUUUUCUCCUAAGAUUUGUUACCCUUGGAUCAGAAACAAGUAAAAAAUAUAGCAAUACCUCAAUAUUACUUACUGAACAGAUAAACCUCUACUUGAAAAUGGAGAAGAAACCUAACAAAAAAGAGGAACUGACACUAGUGAAUAAUGUUUUAAAGCUGGCUACUAAACUGCUAAAGGAGUUGGACAGUCCCUUUAGAUUAUAUGGGCUUACAAUGAAUCCACUGCUUUAUAAUAUCACCCAAGUUGUCAUAUUAUCAGCUGUUUCUGGUGUUAUCAGUGACUUACUUGGGUUUAAUUUAAAGCUGUGGAAGAUUAAAUCAUGACAAUUCAGAGAAAAGAAGAUGUAGCCUCUUUUCCAGAAUAAGAGUACCAACUAAACUGCCUGAAAGCAGUCACUGACUCUUUGCUUCAGGAGUCUCAGCUGGGAAAUUGAAGUGUUUACAUCAGACUGUCUUGUGCAAUUCUUAUAUUUAUUUCACGUGUUCACUGUUUUUUACAUUUAUUUUAGUCUUUAUAUUUUAUUUUUAGUAUUGAUGUACUUAGUUGUUGAAAGGGUGAUGAAACUGAUAUCCUUAUACUUGAGAUCCUGGUAAUUGUUCAUAAAUAAUUGACAAAAUAACAAAUCUUGAGAACAGAAGCCAUUGCUAAGCACUGUUUCUCCAUCAAUGCCGUGACUUGCCUUACUUGAGGAAAACUUCUUUAACUUUGGAAUCUUGCAUUGGAUUCAACUAAACAUAUAAAGCAUUUUCUUCAGUAAAUCAAGAUCCAGUCAGGGUUUCUUUUGAAUUAUUUUAGAACAAUGCCAGGAUCUAAAAUGAUUAAGCUGCAGUUUAAGCACCCUUCAGUAUUAAUAUAUAUGGUAUUACACAACAGGUCAACAAGUGCUCUUUGAUGAUGAAACUCUUAAUAGAGCAAUAAUUGUAAAUGGUUACCAUACUGUAAGAUAUUUUGAUAAAAAUUACCUAGUAAUAAUUGUAUUUAUUUGAAACACUGGGCUGUUUGCACAGCUCCUACUGUGCAUGCUCAAAAUGUGCACUUUUUUAAAUUGUUACUUUUAAUGCGUAUCUUUAUAUGGGAUAUGUUAUAGUGUACUAGGGCAUGAUAUGGUAUCCUUUUGAGUGAGGUAUAUACUCAUCUCACAAGUGAAGUGCCUAUUGAUAUUACUAAAGUACAUUAUGUUUACUCAAGUAAAAUAAUUUUCUCCCCAUGGUACACUAUAAUGUAUGCUAUUCAUACCACACUCAAUGAACAACUUAAGAAUAAGGUUAAGAACCGAUAAAAUAUUUCUCAGAUUGCUAGUUGUAAAACUAUAUCUGAAUUUUCAGGAAAAAAUAGCUAUAGCUUGCAAAUUCUAUCCUCUAAACUUAAUCUGGUACAUCUCCCCCCUCAACCCCCAAUUAUAUAAGGGCUAUUUUAGAUGCUUUUAACCUAGAAAGUUAACCCCCUCCUCCUCCCAAAUUGUUUGCCAAGUGUCCAAAUGAGAACUUAUCAUGUUGGCAUGUUAGGUAAAUAGAGCGAAUAUGAUGGUAUCUUACAUUGGGCCUUGAUUUUAGGUGGUUAUAUUUGUACAAUCAAGAAAUUUUAGGAGUUACAUGAAUUAUGAAAUGUUUUCGCAACUUUUUUUUUUUUUAACUGGGUGUCUAGUUUCUAAAACAGAAUUUAUUUGAAACAAUCCUGAAUUUUCUCGGUGCAAGAUGUAUCAUGUUGAAUAUCCUCACAUUUUUUACCAUGUUUUAGGGAAUUUAAAAUAAUUAAUUGUAAAUGAUUUAUUUGGUACAGUUGUAAUCCCCAAAUUAUAAUCUUAAGAUCAGGAAUGUGUAGAGAACAGAGCCAUGUUGUAAUAUCACUUUGCUCUCACCAUUCCUUUUGAUCAGCCUCAAUUCAGCCUCAUUGUGUAGUUUAUUUUCUUUCCAUAGAAAAUAACAAGAGCAUUUUGUUUUCUUUGCCUGUGUUCUAAUAUGUUUAAUAAUGACCAAAGUGCAUUCUGAGUUUUUUCAAGGAAUGUAUUACUGGAGCUUUAAGAACAUACUUAUUUUCUCCUGUGAAAAAUUAGGCUUUGUCUGAUGUGUUUCUUCUUCCUCUAUUGUCUAAUGUUGAGGUUGUUUUUAGGAAUUAUAUUUUAUAAACUUUUUCAAAAUAAGGUACAUAACUAUACAGAACUUACCAUUUUGCACAGAAUAUAUCGAAUAUAUUUUGAGAAAAAAGUACAGCAUGAGUUCUGUUAGGAAGAAAGAAUGAAACUAUUGUAUCUCACCAAAAAAAAAAAAAAAGCUUAUUUCAGAAUGGAAAUAUUUUUGAGAAAAGUAGCUGAGUAAACUGAUUUAGGAAAAUGCUUGUUUUUGAUUGAAGUUCAUUUUAACUUAGAGUUGGGAGUUGAUUUAUUGAGUACAGUGUACCUCUCAACAACGUAUUAAUAAUAUGUUGAAUUUUGUCACUAAUAUGGGAAGUAGGAUACUAAAAGGAAAAAGUUGUCAUUUAAAGUAAUUUCAGAAUAUUAAUGGGACUGGUUUCAAAGCAGAAAAAUUGACAUUGCUGCCUUUAAGAAUACCAUGAAUGUAAGAAACUGAAAAUGUAACAUGUUCCAGAAUAUAGAAAAGGCAGUUCAGAGAUAGACUUGUGGCAAAUGUUGUGUGUUAACUGUUGUUUCUUUGCCACAUGUGUCAUACUUGAAAGUUUGAACAGCAGUUUUAAAAUAAAAUAUUCUAUGACUGACAAGAGUUAAACUGGAAGUGGUUUUUUUUUUAAUUUUCAAGUCAUACACGUUUUUGCGGUAAUUUUGUACUUACUGUAGCAUGAACUGUAGGUAUAACUAUUAGAUUUGAGAGGAGUGGGGAUAUAUUUUUAAAACUUUCCAACAUUUCAAAUUUUAAAAUUCUCAGGACAUGAAAGAAGAAUGUGUACACAGGCCUUUCAUCACCAAAAUGUUGUAACAUCAUUAAUGUUUGUUUGCUUGUUUGUCUCCAUUCAAAUACAGAAAACUGAUAUAUAGCCUGGGAUAUUAUAA